CAAAAGUUGAAUAUAGGCUUCCUUGAUUUAAGGGCUCAAUCAUUGUGACCUACCCAUUCCCAAGACUAUAAAUAUGCCUUUAUGGGGAUGGAGUAGGAAGGCCUUUUAGUGAAAAUUCCAAUUGCGCGUAGAAGAGAAAUACCCACAGAAGUUUUACGCUAAAGCUUCCAAGCUUCCUUAUCAUUCUGUAAACUUCUUCUUCAUCAAUGAAAGGCUUCAUUCACCCAUUUUGAGCUCCAUUUCCAUAUAUUUCUAGUGUAGAAAUAGGGACCCAACAUAAUGGUAUGUUGAGCAUAUGUAUGUCGGCACGUAUGGCAGGGUUAGGGAACCAAAGACGACAGACCACGUUCUUUCACCGUCCCUGGGGUAUUUUGGUGUAUUCCACAUGAGCUUCACGAAGGGGCCGGGUUACGCUUUCCUCUUCAUCCCUUCAUUAUUGAGUAUCUUAACAAAGUAGGUCUCCCACCGGCCUUGUCAACGCCGAAUAGCUAUUCGUUGAUCGUCAAUUUUUUGAUCUGAUGCAGUGAGUUGGGGUUCAGGCUGAUGAUAAACCUCUUCAUGAACCUGUAUCAGAUCGGCUGAGGGAGCCACAAGAACUUUGCCAGCUACGCCAACCUCCAACAAACGGGGGAGAAGGUAAUUUUUGGAUUUGCCAACAUCUAUUCAUGGCUUGAAAGCCAAGUUUGUGUCAGUGACCCUUGGAGGGACCGUGUUCUUUCCGUCCAUCGGCCACUUCAGGAUCUUUAACCUUCAUUCUCCCAUGACGAAUGCAACGAUCGAGGACCAGGUUGAGCGAUUCCUGAGAGGAUGGGGUGGGAGGAGCGUGAAAGACUAUAUCACUGAGUAUAAGAUGGCAACCCAUGGCUUUUUCAAAUAUUAUAUUGUGGAGAUGUAGAUGAUGGAUUCUACCCGUGGACGGAGUGGUCUUAUGAGGAGGCUGAUGGCCCGUUUGAGGGGGUUACCGGCCCCCGCGGUUAAAGGGUGUUCUUCGUCUUGUGUGUUGCUUUCGUUUAUUUGUUUUUUAUUUGGCUGUUUGUCUCUUGCAGAUUUCAAGAUGAAUUGUUUGUCGUUUAUGGCUCAAGCAGCUAAGAAGGUGCAGGCCGAGCUGGAGGCUGUCAGUGGCGUUGAGGGGUGUACGCAGCCUUCGGCCAUGGCGGCCAGACCAGAUAUGACUCCGCUAAGAACCCUCCUGUUGCAAAAAAGAAGAAGAGGCCGGCUACGGGUGACGGCUAAGAAACUUUAACCGAGGUUGGUUUGCAACCCCCAAAGUUCACCAAGAGGCCGAAGAAGAGCCAGGAUUCAACCGUAGUUAUUCAGGAGAUGGACGAGUCGCAUCACGAUCAGAACGUGGUUGUGAUUGAAGACCUUACUAUUGCGUCAUCAUAUGGUGCUCCUGUGAAGCCUCCUCCUUUGGACAUGGAGGUUCCGUCUGCCAGUGUUGGGAGCGGUUGAGGAAAGUCCGACGGUCUUGUUGAGGUCGUGGCGCGUUCUCCCGUUAAGGGGGCCUCUUCAAUGAAGUAUUGAAUGCUUAUGACUUGGUUUCUCAGGUUGUUCCUAAGGAGGACGGAGCGAACUUCACUCGCCUGAAGGGGGUCCGUCUUUACGACGGAACGAUGGACAACAUCAUGUCUGUAGGUUCCGAAUUUUGUACUUGGUGAUAUUUUGUCAUUUUUCCUCUCUUCCUAAUCAUGUGUUUAUACCAUCGAGGAUGUUUUUAUUCUGAUAGUGCAUAAGAAGAAAAAAGAAGCAGAGAUCUCCCGAUUGAGGGAGCUUGAGAAGAAGGUUACUUCGGCCGAAGUACGGAGCAGCUGCAGAUUGAGUUCAACAAUAAGCAAGUAGGCUGAGAGUUCUUAGGUAGAUGAAUGUAAGCCGUAAGCCGUAAAGGAACUUACACGUAACGAAAAUCACGCUCCCGCUGCCUUAACUAGAGUUGGGAAAAUAUUAAC